AUCUCUCGGUCUAGGAUUGUUUAUGCACCUCUGGCCCUGCAUCUACCGGCACGCCGGAGUCGCUCUUAACCGUAUGAUAGGAGGGAUACGAGAAGGAAGAAGUGGAAGAAAGUCUCAAUUUUAUAUUUUGUGAAGUUCUUCCCCAACAUUUACUUUCUUUCUCUUCCAUCGCGCGGGGUGAGUUGGCCAUCAUGUCGUUCGAACUCCCCUCCAAACCCCACGAGCCCUUGAUGCGCGGGGAAGAGGACUAUCACGAUGAGCCCGCACCGCCCCGACACCGCAACGCAAACCCGCGAUCAACCUUCAUCCGGUGCGGCUGGAUGCUUCUUGGACUUCUGGUUGCUGCGGUGGUUUUCGGCCUCGGGGUUUCCAUUGGGAAGGGUAUUCCGACCAGGAAGCGCGAGGGACUGUUGAUCCCCGAUGGCGAGAUCCAGAUCCGCAUGGAAUACAACAGCACCUUCUCGCAGCAUCCUUCGCCUGAGACCGACGCGGCGUGGGCCUCCCUCUUUCCCAAGGGAGUCGGUUUCGUCAAACACCCAACCCUGGCGCCCGAGCUGUCCGGGUUGGUCGUCUUCCACGCGCUGCACUGUCUCAACGCCCUGCGCGAGGUCUACUACGCCGCCGUAGACGGGCAGCUCCCCCAUGUGGCGGACGAACACGACCACAUGAAGGACCCGCACCACGUCCGGCACUGCUUCGACUACUUGCGCCAGAGCCUGAUGUGCGCGGCUGACACGAACCUCGAGCCCGUUGACAAGGAGCUCCAAGGCGUGACGGGAUGGGGGUAUAGUCGGACGUGCCGGGACUACGAGAGCGUCAAGGCGUGGGCGGAGGCACACUGGUCGAACGAUCCUUCCUAGCAUUCUCUGCAGUGUAUACAGACCACGAG